AUGGAGUGGAAAAUACUUCCCAUGUACUUACUGCUGCUUUCUGUUUUCUUGAUUCAGCAAGUUUCUUCUCAAGAUUUACCAAGCUGUGCAGGGAGAUGUGGGGAAGGGUAUUCUAGAGAUGCCAUCUGCAACUGUGAUUAUAACUGUCAACACUACAUGGAGUGCUGCCCUGAUUUCAAGAAAGUCUGCACUGUGGAGCUUUCCUGUAAAGGCCGCUGCUUCGAGUCCUUUGCAAGAGGGAGGGAGUGUGACUGUGACUCGGAAUGUAAGAAGUAUGGCAAGUGCUGUUCCGAUUAUGAGGAGUUUUGUGGAAAAGUGCAUAAUCCCCCAUCACCAUCUUCAAAGACUGCACCUCCACCUCCAGGAGCAUCUCAAACCAUCAAAUCAACAACCAAACGUUCACCCAAAUCACCAAACAAGAAGAAGACUAAGAAAGUUAUAGAAUCAGAGGAAAUAACAGAAGAACAUUCUGUUUCUGAAAAUCAAGAGUCUUCUUCCUCCUCUUCCUCUUCCUCUUCAACUAUUCGGAAAGUCAAGUCUUCCAAAAAUUCAGCUGCUAAUAAAGAAUUAAAGAAGAAUCCCAAAGUAAAAGAGAACAAGAAGGAAAGAACUACUAAAAAGAAACCUACCCCUGAACCACCAGUAGAUGAAGAUGGAAGCGGACUGGACGAUGGUGAUGUCAAGCUCACCCCAACUCCUCACAUUCCUACCACCCAAAGCAAUAGAGUUACCGCAUCUCCCAAGAUUACAACAAUCAAACCAAUAAAUCCUAAACCCAGUCUUCCACCUAAUUCUGAUGCAUCUAAAGAGACAUCUUCAACAACCAGUAAGGAGACAGCAGUUGAAACUAAAGAGACUUCCUUAACAAAUAAACAGACUUCAGGUAGAGACAAAGAGAAGACUGCUUCAGCUAAAGAGACACGAAGUACAGAGAAAGUAUCUGCUAAAGAUUUUGUACCCACAUCCAAAGCUCCUGCUAAACCUACAGCCAAAGCUGAAACUACAACCAAAUCCCCUACUCCUACCACCACCAAGAAACCUGUUCCCACUACCCCCAAGAAGCCUGCUCCCACCACCCCCAAGGAGCCUACACCCACUACCCCCAAGAAGCCUGCUCCCACCACCCCCAAGGAGCCUACACCCACUACCCCCAAGAAGCCUGCUCCCACCACUCCCAAGGAGCCUACACCCAUGGUCCCCACGGAUACUGCUCCCACCACCCCCAAGAAGCCUGCUCCCACCACUCCUAAGGAGCCUGAACCCACUACCACCAAAAAGCCUACACCCAUGGACCCCACAGAGCCUGUACCCACCACUCCAAAGGAGCUUGCACCCUCUACCCCCAAGGAACCUGCACCCACGGCCCCCAAGGAGCCUGCACCUACGACUCCCAAGGAACCUGCAUCCACGGCCCCCAAGGAGCCUGCAUCUACGACCCCCAAGGAACCUACACCGACCACUCCCAAGGAACCUGCACCCAUGGCCCCCACGGAGCCUUCACCCACCACUCCCAAGGAGCCUGCACCCACAGCCCCCAAGGAGACUGCACCUACGACCCCCAAGGAACCUACACCAACCACUCCCAAGGAACUUGCACCCACGGCCCCCAAGGAGCCUGCACCUACAACCCCCAAGGUGCCUGCACCCACAGCCCAGAAGGAACCUGAACCCAUGGCCCCCACAGAGCCUUCACCCACCACUCCCAAGGAGCCUGCACCCACGGCCCCCAAGGAGCCUGCACCUACGACCCCCAAGGAACCUACACCGACCACUCCCAAGGAACCUGCACCCACGGCCCCUAAGGAGCCUGCACCUACGACCCCCAAGGAGCCUGCACCCACAGCCCCGAAGGAACCUGAACCCAUGGCCCCCACAGAGCCUUCACCCACCACUCCCAAGGAGCCUUCACCCACCACUCCCAAGGAGCCUGCAUCCACGGCCCCCAAGGAGCCUGCACCCACAGCCCCGAAGGAACCUGAACCCAUGGCCCCCACAGAGCUUUCACCCACCACUCCCAAGGAGCCUUCACCCACCACUCCCAAGGAGCCUGCACCCACGGCCCCCAAGGAGCCUGCACCUACGACCCCCAAGGAACCUGCACCCAUGGCCCCCACAGAGCCUUCACCCACCACUCCCAAGGAGCCUGCACCCACGGCCCCCACAGAGCCUUCACCCACCGUCCCUAAGGAGAUUGCACCCAUGGCUCCCAAGGAGCCUGUACCCACCACUCCCAAAGAACCUGUACCCAUGGGCCCCAAGGAGCCUGUACCCACUACCACCAAUGAGCCUGUACCCACCACUCCCAAGGAGCCUGCACCCACGGCCCCCAAGGUGCCUGCACCCAUGGCCCCCAAGGAGCCUGCACCCACGGCCCCCAAGGUGCCUGCACCCAUGGCCCCCAAGGAGCCUGCACCCAUGGCCCCCAAGGAGCCUGUACCUACCACUCCCAAUGAGCCUGCACCUACCAUUCCCAAGGAGCCUGCACUCACUGUUCCCAAGAAGCCUGAACCCAUAGCCCCCAAGGAACCUGCUCCCAGCAUUCCUAAGGAGCUGGCACCCACAGGCCCCAAGGAGCCUGCACCCACCACCACCAAGGAACCCAUCCCCGAACUCCCCAAGGAGCCCACUCAAGCUUCUUUUGAGACAGCUGCUCCAUCCAACUCAGAGGGCUCUACGACAACCACCAUGGAGCCUCCCACUACUCCCAAGAACCCUGCUAAAUCAACUCCUGAGUUUGCAGCAGAACCCACACCAAAGGCUCUUGAAAACCAUCCCAAAGAACCUGUUAUACCUGUAACCAAGGCUCCUGGAGUGACCAAACCCGAAAUGGCUACAACAGCUACAGACAAAACAACAGAAAAAGACAUACCUAUGACACCUGGAAUUACAGCUGCUGUACCUACAGCAACUCCAACAGAAGAAAAGACCUCUGAGUCCAAAACAGGAACAGCCGCACAAGUAACAUCGGCCACAUCGUCUAAAAGUACUCCUCAAGCAACAACCCUUGCACCCAAAGUAAGGACUACAACAAAAAAGACAACUACAUCUGAAGAGACUGUGAACAAACCCGAAGAAACCACGGCUGCGCCGAAAGAUAGAGCUUCUAAUCCUAAAGUGUCAACUCCUAAACCCAAAAAGCCAACCAAAGCCCCCAAAAAACCCACUUCCACCAAAAAGCCAAACACGAUACCUAAACGGAGAAAACCAAAGACUACACCAACUCCCCCGAAGAUGACUACAGUGACAGUGCCCAAAUUACACCCUACCUCUUCCACAAAAGCCAUACUCCCAACUACCACCAGCCCCAACCAAACACCUAACUCAGAAAUAGUUGAAGUAAGUCCAAAUAAGGAUGCAGAUGCUGCAGGAGAAAAACCUCACAUGAUCCCCAGGCCCCCUGUGUUAACUCCUAUAUUUAUCCCAGGAACUGAUAUCUUAGUGAGAGGAUCCAAUCAAGACAUUGCCAUCAACUCCAUGCUUUCAGAUGAGACUAAUUUAUGCAACGGUAAGCCAGUAGAUGGACUGACUACUUUGCGCAAUGGAACAUUAGUUGUAUUUCGAGGUCAUUAUUUCUGGAUGCUAAGUCCAUUCAAUCCACCAUCUCCACCUCGUAAAAUUACUGAAGUUUGGGGUAUUCCCUCCCCCAUUGAUACUGUUUUUACAAGAUGCAACUGUGAAGGAAAAACUUUCUUCUUUAAGGAUUCUCAGUACUGGCGUUUCACCAAUGACAUAAAAGAUGCAGGGUAUCCCAAACAAAUUGUAAAAGGAUUUGGAGGACUAAAUGGAAAAAUAGUGGCGGCUCUCUCCAUAGCUAAAUACAAGGAAAGACCUGAAUCUGUGUAUUUUUUCAAGAGAGGUGGUGGCGUUCAGCAGUAUAUUUAUAAACAGGAACCUGCCAGAAAGUGCACCGGAAGAAGGCCUGCUAUCAAUUAUUCAGUGUACGGAGAAGCGACACAGGUUAGGAGACGUCGCUUUGAACGCGCCAUAGGACCUGCCCAAACACACACCAUCAGAAUUCACUACUCACCCAUCAGGGUCUCUUAUCCAGACAAAGGUUUCCUCCAUAAUGAAGUUAAAAUGAGUUUACAGUGGAGAGGAUUUCCAAAAGUGGUUACUUCAGCUAUAGCACUGCCCAACAUCAGAAAACCUGAUGGCUAUGAUUAUUACGCCUUUUCUAAGGAUCAAUACUAUAACAUCGAUGAACCAAGUAGAACAGCAAGAGUCAUUACUACACGUUCUGGGCGGACCUUGUCCAAUGUCUGGUACAACUGUCCUUAGACCCAUGAGCAAAAGAAGAAUCAACUAAUUAAAAUGAAG